AUGUGCCAAAAAACCUUUUCCUAAACUUACCAAACAUCCUAAGCCCAUUUUCUCAUGAAUCGAAUGCACUCUCUCAAUGGCAAUGCUCCUAAAAACGACGUCGUCGGGACUGCUCACUACUAUUGCCAUUAGCAAAACAUUAAACAAAUGCUUCUUUACCAAAGCCGCAAGUCCCGCAACUCUGCGUUUGGCGCGUAGAUUUCACUGCUCCGUACCCAGAAAAACGACAAAGAAGAUGGUGACGCUGAUCGUGGCGACGACGACCGACCCGGCCUCCAUCAACCCGGCCAAUGCCCUCCUAGCCAUGCCCGGCUGGGACCCGACCCCUUCUUGCUUACAGGAUAUGAAGGGGUUUGGCAAUGGAGCAGGAGGAGUUAGGGUUUUGCUGCACAACAAGGGGAUAGUGGAAGAAGACGACUUGGACAGGCGGUGGGAGGAGGCCACAGCUGAGCGAGUCGAUGAGCUGAUAUUUCUGAGCAAGCACACCGCCGUCUCCAACCGACCUGCCCUGACCGUACACCCGAUCGGGGUCCCUCAUCUGCGUCCUGGUGACCCUGCGCCGCAAGGUGGGAGGCCUGGUUGGGCCGCGCCCCCAAGUCCGCGCAUUGGGCCCUGGCUCAGGCACUUGAAGAAGCUUGCUCAAGCCCACAAUUUGGUUCCUGAGUUUGAGAUAACUUUGGAGGGCACACAUCACGGACCGAUCACAAAUACACCUACUAUGUUCUUGGAGAUUGGCAGUACAGAUGAGUACUGGAAGAGGCAGGAUGCUGCUCAAGUUAUUGCUCUAUUAGUUUGGGAAGGACUUGGGCUUGGAGGGGGAGCUGCUGUGGGAAACUGGAAUGGGGAGAAUGAUAAGAAUAGAGUUCUUCUUGGCAUAGGUGGUGGACAUUAUGCACCUCGGCAUAUGGAUAUAGUUCUGAAAGAUGGUGUGUGGGUGGGCCAUCUACUGUCGGGUUAUUCCUUGCCAAUGGAAGAUCCAAGCCAGUCCAAAGCAGAAACAAAUACAAAAGAAAUUGGUGGAACUUGGAGAGAAGCAAUCAAAGCAGGAUUUGAGGCUACGCAAUCAGCUUUCCCUGGUGGGGAGAUUCUAGCUCAUCUCGAUCACAAGAGUUUCAAAAGCUGGCAAAAGAAUGCUAUAACGGGUUUCCUAGGCGAGCAGAACAUCAAAAUUGGCAAACCCAAUGAUUUCUACUGAAUUCGAUGAAUGGCGUUGCAUAUUUAUAGUUUUGAUUUUUGCAGACAAUAGCAUUCUCUCAUUUGGAAGACCACACUGAGAUGUAGUUGACAAAUUAACAUCCUAUAUUGUACCUGGUAGCACUCAAUUUUACUGCACAAGUUAUGGUUAUUGCUAAAGGAUAUAUAUUGUCUUGCAUCAGCUCUGUCAAUAAAUGUCAUGUUGGAUUUGGGCCUUCAUCA